UCAGGAUCACGGCUGCGGGAUCGGACGCAGGUUAAAAACUAUAAGGAAUUUGUCUAUGGGAAUCUUGAACACAACACGCCAGUUUUGCUGUCUCUGUCCAGAUAUUUAAGAAGUGGAGCAAGGGAACCACUCGAUCAUCCUUCCUGCUCAGACUGUGGGGAGGGAUUUACUCGAUCAUCUGACUGACUGGCACGCCCAUCAUUUUACACAGGGGGAGAGGCCAUUCACUUGCUCAGGUAAUGGGAAUGGAUUCGUUCAGUCAUCUCAGCUGAAGGUACAUCAGUAAGUUCACACUGGUCAAGGCCAUUCACCUGUUCUGUGUGUGAGAAGGGAUUCAGUCAGUCUUCCCACCUGUGGACACACCAGUCAGUUCACACUGGGCAGAGGCUGGUCAUCUGCUGAAUUUCUGGGAAAGGAUUCACUCGCUCAUCUGACCUGAUGGCUCACCGGCGAGUUCACACUGGAGAGAGGCCGUUCACCUGCUCAGAAUGUGGGAAGGGAUUCACUCGUUCAUCCACCCUACAGAGUCACCAGCGAGUUCACACAGGGGACAGGCCAUUCACCUGCUCAGUCUGUGGGAAGGGAUUCACUUUGUCAUCUCAGCUACUGAGACACCAGUCAGUUCACACCGGGGAGUGGCCAUUCAACUGUUCAGACUGUGGAAAGGGUUUCACUUGGUCACCCGACCUACUGGCACACCAGUCAGUUCACACAGGGGAGAGGCCAUUCACCUGUUCAGUCUGUGGGAAGAGAUUCACUCGGUCAUCCGACCUACAGAGUCAUCAGCGAGCUCACACUGGGGAGAAGCCGUUCACCUGCUCAGAAUGUGGAAAGGGAUUCACUCAGUCAUCCAACCUACAGAGUCAUCACCGAGUUCACACUGGGGAGAAGCCGUUUACCUGCUCAGACUGUGGGAAGAGAUUCUCUCAUUCAUUUCACGUACUGACCCACCAGCGAGUUCACACUGGAGAGAGGCCGUUCACUUGCUCAGAAUGUGGGAAGGGAUUCACUCAGUCAUCCACCCUACUGAGUCACCAGCGACUUCACACUGGGGAGAGGCCGUUCACCUGCUCAGAAUGUGGGAAGAGAUUCACUCGAUCAUCCGACCUACUGAGUCACCAGCGAGUUCACACUGGAGAGAAGCCGUUCACCUGUUCAGAAUGUGCAAAGAGAUUCACUCGAUCAUCUGAUUUACAGAGUCAUCAGCGAGUUCACACCGGAGAGAAGCCGUUUACCUGCUCAGAAUGUGGGAAGAGAUUCACUCAUUCAUCCACCCUACAGCGUCACCUGCGAGUUCACACUGGGGAGAAGCCGUUCAUCUGCUCAGUCUGUGGGAAGAGAUUCACUCGAUCAUCCACCCUGCAGAGUCAUCAGCUAGUUCACACUGGGGAGGGGCUGUUCACCUGCUCAGACUGUGGGAAAGGAUUCAGUCAGUCAUCCCAACUACUGGCACACCAGUCAGUUCACACUGGGGAGCGGGCAUUGAUAUGAAUCUCGAGGUUUCAUUUCCUGUGGACUGUCAUUUUAAGAGAGAGAGAGGGAGAGAUUAAGAAGGCGAAUCAGUCUGACUUGCAGCUUGUUUACAUCGCUCACAGCUUGCUUAUUUUUAACCGAGGACACAGACACUCAGAGUCAGAUGGAGACAAAGGAGAAAAAAUGGAAGGAUCGAAAGAAGGGAACUGGUGGCCAAGGGUCACUGUUUAGAACUUUCCUAUGCCCACAAGGGUGGGUUAGUUAUUGAUUCAGCGAACAUCAAAUGUGUGGUAACACACAUCAAAGUUGCUGGUGAACGCAGCAGGCCAAGCAGAUCUAUAGGAAGAGGCGCAGUCGACGUUUCAGUCCGAGACCAAAUGUUAUCACCUCAUUUGAUCCAUUGGAGUGGAUCGGAUUUGUGAAGACCACUUAUGUCUUAUGUGCCUGGGUAUGGUCUGGUAAUUCACUUGACCAAGAUACCCCUUGUGACAAGUCCCUUUCGGUGAUAAUUUGUAUGUGGAUUUAGAACAACAACGGAUAAAAUCUACAGUGACUGUUCUCUUGUUUUACCACCAUGGAACCUAUGGAAUUUGACAUAAUUGCCUUGUCUCGACAUUUACCCUGGAUUACAAAUAUCUCUCUCAUCAACUAUUCCAUGGAUGAACUGAACUUUCAUACUUUACCAUCUCAAGCCUCUAAGCUCAAUAGUUUGGGAGUUAUAUUUAAAUAUAUAUAUAUAUACACACACACGUAACACUGUUCAAUUUUGUUUAUCUUGUUUUAGUUACUAUCUUAUAAGUAGAUACUAAUAAAGAUAGUGAUUUUAACAUCAAAACCAGACUCCGGGUGUAGUCUAUUGCUGCUGGUUCGUUUCUAAAGCGUUACGGUUCGUAACAAAAUUGGGGCCUGCGUCUGGGAUAUGAACAAAUGUGGGGGCAUAUUGAUUGAUUAAUUAUCAAUUUCAUUGGGAAAUCCCUUUUGAUUUAUUUGUGUGUGAAAAAUCAGCAGCAAUGGAUGUUGAUAGAUUUCUGGAAGCGCCAACCUCUGAAGCAUUAGAGGAUGCCAGAAGGAUUGAGUUGUUGAGUAUUGCUAAAAGGUUAAAACUUGGAAAGGUGAAAUUGACAAUGAGGAGGUCACAGAUGCAGAGGAUAAUAACUGAGCAUUGUGUAUCCGAGGGUGUGUUUAAAGUGGAGGAGUUGGAGGUGUUUCCUGAAAGUAAACCCACUAAGCUUGAGCUCCAGAACAAGUUAGAAAAAUGAAAGAUGGAGGCUGCGGAAAGGCAGAGGCAGUUUGAGGCUAGAGAGGCAGAAAAACAGAGGGAGGAAGCAAAAAGACAGAGGCUGUUUGAGCUGGAAAAGAUAGAGAGAUUGCUGCAAAGGGGUCUAGUGUUACACUCUGGUGAUAAGUUUGAGUCCAGUCAGGAAGUUAAAUUGGUACCUCCAUUUGAUGAGGCAGAGGUUGAUAAAUACUUCCAGCAUUUUGAGAAGUUUGCUCAGAGUUUAAAGUGACCAAAAAUGGGUUGGCCAAUUCUCUGACAAAGUGUAAUUAAGGGGAAGGCUCAGCGAGCCUAUUCUGCCUUGACAGUUGAUGAAGCAGCUGAUUAUGACAUUGUGAAACAGGCUGUGCUGA